GGGAAACCCCGAAGCCCCGCCCACAGGAAGUUAGUUCCUGGUUCAGGUAAAUCUCCAGGUGAGAUUUAGGGCGUUCUCUCGUCGUCGACGACUUUAUUUAAAAAUAAAGAAAAGAAACAAAUAAACAAACGCACCGUAAGGAUGAAGACAGAGGGCUCGAUGGAGAAUAGGCCGGAUAACACGGCGUUCACGCAGCAGCGGCUUCCCGCAUGGCAGCCCAUUCUGUCCGCCGGUAUAGUUAUCCCCGGCUUCACUCUCAUCGGCCUGGCCUUCAUCGGCAUCGGCGUAGCGCUCUUCGUCACCUCCCAAAACAUCAAAGUGCUGGAGAGAGAUUACACAGGCGUUACAGACGACUCCUCCUGUGGAAAGUGCAUGGACCCGACUAAAAAAGACUGCGUAUGCGAAGUGAAGUUCUCCUUCAGCGAGCUUUUCGAGGGCCCUGUAUUUUUCUACUACGGCCUCUCAAAUUACUAUCAGAACUACAGAACGUACGGAGUGUCCGUCGAUCCCUACCAACUAGUGGGAGACACGGCAUACUUUCUGUCUCCAGAUAGCAACUGCUCUCCGUAUCAGAACGAUUCCACCGGGACGCCAAUCGUCCCCUGCGGAUCCAUCGCCAACAGCAUGUUCACCGACUCCUUCACGCUGUACCAGAUCAUCAAUGGGCAGCAGUCGCUGGUUCCGUUUGACAGAAAAGGAAUCGCAUGGUGGACAGAUUACAACAUCAAAUACAGGAAUCCUGCUCCCGUCAAUGGUUCCUUGGCUCUAGCUUUUUCAGGUACUACAAAGCCCAUUAACUGGUCCAAGCCAGUGUACGAACUGGACCCGAAUGACUCGGCCAAUAACGGCUUCCUGAACCAGGAUUUCCUGGUGUGGAUGAGGCGUGCAGCACUUCCUAACUUCAGGAAGUUGUAUGGGCGAAUCAGAGAGGGAGCGUAUGCGAAUGGCUUACCUGCUGGCAACUAUACAUUACAGAUCAACUACAACUACCCUGUUCAGAGCUUUGGGGGCACGAAGAAAGUGGUGUUCUCUAACGUUUCCUGGAUGGGAGGAAAGAAUCAGUUCCUGGGCAUCGCAUACCUUGUGAUGGGUUCUCUCUGCAUUAUCAUGGCAAUAGUCAUGCUCAUCGUCUAUGCAAAAUACAAGUUUUCAGAUGACGAUGGCGCAUAAUGCCGUACGCCUGCAGUGUGAAAGGUUGUGAAUAGUCAUUUAGGCCUUUUGUUUUCAGUCUUUGAUUGAAGGAAAAAUGCUGCAUCAUAGUCUUGAUAUUUAACGUCAAAAGGAUCCAAGAAUGUUUAUUUGUUGAUGGUUUAAUCUUCUCUCAAAUUGUUUGUAUUGUUUUAUUGCCGCUAUUUUCACUACAUCACCUAAAAAUGGCAACUACCUUCUUGUAGCAGAACCAGCGGAAAUUCGUUUCCCUUGAUGACAUCGAUGCAGUGGCGAUGAUUCGAAUCAUUUUUCCUAUUUAACUUCAGUGUAACGGUGCUUGUGUGGUGCGCUUCACAGCCGCCAGCUACUUGCAGGAAUCACGAGUUUCACUUGAUAAACCAUGCCGAAUCCAAUUAGGCCAAAAAACCCCAAAUGAUUUUGUCUUUACAAGGUCAAUUUCAUAAAGCGACCACACUGAUUUUACAUCUGUGUUUUCGUUCCAGUGUUCCAAGUUAAAAGCCAUCGCAGUUUAAUGCUUUUAAAUGUAAUUUUGUUGUAUUAUUGCAACUUAUGAGUAAUUAAUUAUAUUUUAUAUACCUUUUUGUAUUAUAGGACUAUGGGAGAAAACGUUUCAUUUCCUUCUCAAAGCUUUUCUUUUUGUGACGUCAGGUAGCUGUUGAGGGGUUGCUGCACUUUGUGUUUUAUACAGUGUCUCAGGGUGUGUAUAUUUUGGGGUAAAUGUAAAAUGUUUGUAGAGAAAUAAAGCUGUGUAACUAUUGGGGAAAACAGGGAUUAUUUUCUUAUAAUACAAAAGUGCUUUAUUUUGUUAAUGCCAAUCAAUUGAAGUUAAAAGUGCACUAUGUGAGAUUUUGUGUGAUUUAAAAGCUUUAAAUUGCUUUGAUGAUACUGGACAUCUUUUCAUAAAUCGCUGCUUUAAAGUCAGAAAAAACACUAUAUGGACAAAAGUAUUGGGAUUUAUCAAGCCAUAUGUGGUUAGAAUUGGAAGCACACAAUUAUAUAGGAUAUCUGCAGAUAUUUCCCUUCACUUGAACUAGGAGACCGAAACUUGUUCCAGAAUGACAUUACCCCUGUGCACAAAGCCAUCGUCAUGACUAUAUGGCUCGAAGUGAAAGAACUCCUGCUAUUAAACCCUAAUAAACACCUUUGGGAUGGAUUGGAACACUUUA